UGCUGCUGCAUGGAGAAACAGAAAGGGGUGUGUGUGUGCUGGGUUGUUGGCAGAGGUUCAGGCGUCUCUAGUGGACACCUAAAGUGGGACUUGAGUGUGUGUGUGUGUGUGUGUAUGUGUGCAAGCAAGCAACUCACAUAGUCUCUAACAUUCACACAAGAUGGCGAUGGAGUGGAGGGAGACUCAGCUCCCCUCUUAAAUGUUCUUCUGCUGGACAUUGAAAGAGCCCUGCUUUCCCCCCCCUGGAGCUGUUAAGGGUUUACAUGGCGCUGGAGGACUUGCUUUGUCUCUGUUUUUUCUCUUUGACCUUCUGUGUCCUGGCUGUGGAAGGGAAGCUGUUGCAGGGGGAUUCUCUGGAGCUGAGCUGCAGGGCUGCCUCUGCAAAGGUGACAUUAGAGCCGAGCCAAGCCGUGGUGUUGGACUGUAACCUGGCUUCUGUCGAGCAGUUGAUCAAUAUCACGUGGAAGAAGAAUGGGUUCCCAUUAGUGGAGCAGGAGCACCUUCAUGUGCUUCCAAAUGGAUCACUCUUCAUAUCGUCCCCGGCUGCUGCUAAGGAGAGUAAAUAUCCUGAAGGGACUGGCGCAGAGGGUAAUUACUCCUGUGUCUCCCAGAGCGCCUUAGGUGCGGUUGCCAGUCAAACGGCUGCAGUUAGAUUUUCAAGUUUAUCACGUUUUUUUCAACAGCCAGAGUCUCAGACAGUGGAAGAAAAUGGUAUGGCCCGAUUUGAGUGUCGGAUCGAAGGAUUGCCCUCCCCUGUCAUCACCUGGGAGAAGGAUCAAGUGGCUGUUCCUGAAGAGCCCAGGUUUAUAACUCUUCCCAAUGGCAUCCUCCAAAUCGUAGAUGUGCGGGAAAGCGACGCUGGGGGCUAUCGCUGCGUAGCGACCAACGCAGCACGGAAACGCUACAGUGACGAUGCUGUUCUUAGCGUCUUAAAAGUACAUCAGAAGUAAGAAGAAUGACAAUCAGAGGGGCCAUUGGAUGAUCAAGGUGCUACAGGAGCACUCAAAGAAGACAAAAUUGUUGUGGAGAAGCUAAAUAAAUUCUUUGCAUUGGU